AACACUCCCUUCUUUAUUCCACUACUACUACUACUACUAUGGCUACCGAGAUUGCCAAGGAUCCCAUCGAUGCUCAUCGGACCGCUACCGAACGAGGCGGAGAUUCGGGCAGAAACUCGAGGUGGAAGAGGGUUCAACCAUGGACGAGGCAGUUGACAAUCAGAGGAGUAACGGCGAGUAUCAUUAUUGGAAGUGUUUACAGUGUGAUAGCCAUGAAAUUGAAUCUUACUACUGGGCUUGUCCCUAAUCUUAACGUCUCCGCUGCUCUUCUUGCUUUUAUCUUCGUACGAACUUGGACUAAAACGCUGCAGAAGGCUGGGUUUGUUACUAAACCCUUUACUCGUCAAGAGAAUACCAUGAUUCAGACUUGUGCUGUUGCUUGUUAUAGCAUCUCGGUCGGAGGUGGGUUUGCUUCAUAUCUAUUGGGGAUGAACAGGAAGACGUAUGAAUUAUCAGGGGUGAACACAGAAGGGAAUUCUUCAUACAGUGUGAAGGAGCCAGGAUUGGGGUGGAUGACUGGCUUUCUUUUUGUGGUUUGCUUUGUGGGUCUUUUUGUGUUGAUUCCUCUAAGAAAGGUUAUGAUAGUGGACCUGCAAUUGACAUAUCCUAGUGGCUUGGCGACAGCAGUACUGAUAAAUGGCUUUCACACUCAGGGUGAUGAGAUGGCAAAGAAGCAAGUUAAAGGGUUCAUGAAGUACUUUUCCUUCAGCUUCUUAUGGGCUCUCUUCAAGUGGUUCUUUUCUGGGAAAGACAAGUGCGGCUUCUCUGAGUUCCCCACUUUCGGACUCAAAGCUUGGAAACAAACAUUCUUCUUUGAUUUUGAUGCAACUUUCGUGGGAGCUGGGAUGAUUUGUUCCCACUUAGUGAACUUGUCUUUGCUGCUAGGAGCCGUUCUGUCUUAUGGCCUAAUGUGGCCUCUUCUUGAUCGAGUCAAAGGGCGGUGGUAUGCUGAGAGUUUGGAGGAAAGUGACAUGAAGAGUUUAUAUGGAUAUAAGGUCUUUUUAUCUGUUGCUUUGAUUCUAGGAGAUGGCCUUUACAACUUUGUCAAGAUUCUUGUUUCAACCAUCGUAAGUGUUCACCAUCGAAUGGGAAUAACCCAUAUCAUCAUGUUGUUGUUGUUGUUGUUGUUGGAAGGAACAGGUUUAGACGACAACGAGAAACCAGCAACAGAGGAAAAACAGGACGAAAUGUUCUUGCGAGAAACCAUCCCACUCUGGCUCGGCCUGGUCGGCUACUUAGCCUUCGCCACAGUCUCCACCAUCGCAAUUCCCCAAAUGUUCCCUCAGCUCAAAUGGUACUUCGUCAUCACAGCAUACAUCCUCGCUCCCUCCCUCGCUUUCUGCAACGCAUAUGGCGCCGGCCUUACCGACAUCAACAUGGCCUACAACUACGGAAAGGUUGCCCUCUUCAUCCUAGCCGCCAUCAGCCCCAAACACGACGCCCUAAUCGCAGGCCUUGCCGGCUGCGGCCUAAUCAAAUCCGUUGUCUCUGUCGCCUGCAUUCUGAUGCAGGAUUUCAAGACAGCCCAUUUGACCUCCACUUCCCCUAGAGCCAUGUUCGUCAGCCAACUCAUUGGCACCGCCGUCGGCUGCGUCACGGCGCCGCUGAGCUUCUUCCUGUUCUACAAGGCAUUCGACGUGGGAAAUCCGAACGGGGAGUUCAAGGCGCCGUACGCUCUGAUUUAUAGGAACAUGGCAAUCUUGGGAGUGGAGGGGGUGUCGGCGUUGCCGAAGCAUUGCUUGCAGAUUUGUUAUGGGUUUUUUGGAUUUGCGAUUGGGGUGAACUUGGUGAAGGAUGUGGGGGGCGGGAGAGUUGGGAAGUGGAUGCCGUUGCCGAUGGUGAUGGCGGUGCCGUUUCUGGUUGGUGGGUAUUUCGCGAUUGAUAUGUGUUUGGGGAGUUUGAUUGUGUUUGUUUGGGGGAAGCUGAAUCGGGAGAAGGCGGAGAUGAUGGUGCCGGCGGUGGCUUCCGGGUUGAUUUGUGGGGAAGGGCUUUGGACUUUGCCGGCGGCUGUUCUUGCUCUUGCUAAGAUUAAUCCUCCUAUUUGUAUGAAGUUCGUGCCAUCAUAAAAAUAUAUUAAAAAAAAAAACCCCCACUUUUACCAUUUAUUUACGGCAGACAGGAGAGAGACACAAAAAAAUUCACGGUUUUACUUUUACC